AUGUCUUAUAAUCCUGAACUGUCGUACAAGAUGGCGAUUCUCUCAGCGGUAACAUAUGAUCAAUCUGACCCUCAGUAUUGUCUUGAUCAAUACCUGCCAUCAACCAAAUUUCAACUUCAAACAGUUGUUACAAAGAACUGUGACUUCCUCGAUAACAAGUGUGCUGGUUAUGUAGCGGUUUCGCAUUCUUUGCGAGUGUUGGUCGUCGCGUUUCGUGGAACUGAAAGCAUAUGUCAACUUAUCAAUGAAUUGGUAGCGACCAUUCUUACCCCACCCCAAGAUGUUCUUAAUGGCAAAGUUCAGGCCUAUUUCAAGACGGCCUUUGAAGAUUUAUGGCAGUGCAUGGAGCCGAUAGUGAAAGCUCUACUUUCAAAGAAUCCCUCGUAUCAGGUCUGGGUUACAGGACAUUCUCUGGGUGCUGCCUUAGCGUCCUUGGCGAGUGCUUGGCUUGCUUAUUACAACAUCGCUCCACGUCAAAACAUCAUCUUAUACACGUUUGGGAGCCCUAGAGUUGGCGACUACAAAUACGCUCUGCAACACGAUCAAAUAGUCAACAACAGUUGGAGAGUUGUUAUUGACAACGACAUAGUUCCUCAUCUACCGCCCUUAUUUUGGCUACCACUUAUAAAAUAUGGUCCCUAUCACCACGGUGUGGAGGUGUUUUACAGCAAAAAAACCAAACUGUCACAAACUUCAUAA